GGCUCAGCUGCCGCCACUUUCGCAGAAGCUCGGCUCCGCGGACUCCGCCUGCAGCUUGAGGCCGCUGGCGAAGGCAUCCAUCAGCUGGCCUUCGCGGACGAGGAGGGCCUGUACGGCCUCGUCGCCGCGGAGAUGGUCAGCAUGACCCCGGAGCAAGCCUGCCGGCUGCAGUGCGCGGUCCUUCGCCUCGGAGGCCAGCGGGCGUCGCACAUCGCGCAGGUCUACGACUAUGCUGAUGGCGCUGCCGCUGUGGAGGACAACGAGGCCUUGCUCCUAGCAGCGUUGUCGUGGUUCCGCUCGCUGGGCGACGUGCCGGCGCUGCUUGUGGGGGACCUCAACCUCGUGCUUCAUGGGACCAGCGCUGAGCCCUCCGAGCGCUGGCUGGUGGUGUCUGCUGGGCCGCGGUGGGACCUGGGGCUGGCGACGUACGCAGCGCUCAAGGUAGAGCUGGCCAUCGAGGCGCCGCAGCACGCAGCUAUGAGGUGGCGACCCCUUGUACGCUUGCGGGGCCUGCUGUGGAUUGAUGGCCCGACGCCCGCCAGGCCAUAA